GUAACAAAACAAGCCGCGUCUUUGUAUCGCCUUAAAGGAAGCCGGCGGCGGCGCGGGGGAAGCGCUCGCGUCCCGGCCGGGCCGCCGAGAGGAAGGAGGCGGCGCACAGGGAGGAGGAGGAGAAGGAGAAGGAGGCGGCGCCCGGCUGGCUCCGGGACCCGGCAUCGGGGAUGGCUUGAGAGAGGCGGGUGGGAGCCCGCAGCCCCCCGCAGCCAUGGCCAAGGCGCUGCCGAGGAAGAGCCACUGGACGGGCCGGCUGCAGCGGGGCGCGCUGAGCCGCGGGCCGGGCAUCGCGGUGCUGGGCGGCGCGGAGCACGGCGAGUUCGCCUACGUGGGCUCCGUGGACGGCGGCGACGGGGCGCUGCGCCCCGGGGACCUGCUGCUGGAGGUGCGCGGUGUCCGCGUCGCCGGCUUGCCCCGCUACGACGUGCUGGAGCUGCUCCGCGCCGGCGCCGAGCCCGCCACCUUCACCGCCGUGCGACCAGGAAGUAGACUGAACAAAGAUCUGAGGCAUUAUCUCAACCAGAGGUUCCAGAAAGGAUCUCCAGACCACGAGCUGCAGCAGACCAUUAGAGAUAACCUUUAUCGCCAUGCUGUGCCUUGCACAACCCGCCCUCCAAGAGAAGGAGAAGUGCCUGGUGUGGACUAUAACUUCCUGACUGUGCAGGAGUUUCUGGAGCUUGAGCAGAGCGGGACCCUUCUUGAAGUGGGAACAUAUGAAGGUAACUAUUAUGGAACACCCAAGCCUCCCAGCCAACCCGUCGGUGGGGAAGUGAUUACCACUGAUGCUUUGCAAAACCUUCAGUCCGGCUCCAAGCAGUCGACUCCAAAACGAACCAAGUCUUACAAUGAUAUGCAAAAUGCUGGCAUAGUGCAUACAGAGAAUGAGGAUGAGGAUGAUGUUCCUGAAAUGAGCAGUAGCUUUACAGCAGACUCGGGCAACCCAGACGAGCACAAUACGCAGAGCGUAAGAGAGACAGCACCGCAACCUGUGAAUAAUAGCCUCACCACCGUUCCCACCACGGACCCAUCUCAGAACCUCCCCCAAUACCUACCUCCUGCAGAGGAUAACCUAGGUCCUCUACCUGAAAAUUGGGAGAUGGCCUAUACCGAGAAUGGAGAAGUCUAUUUUAUAGACCAUAAUACUAAAACAACAUCUUGGCUAGACCCACGGUGCCUGAACAAACAGCAGAAGCCUCUAGAAGAAUGUGAAGAUGAUGAAGAAGGGGUACACACGGAGGAACUGGACAGUGAACUAGAACUGCCUGCUGGUUGGGAAAAGAUCGAAGAUCCCGUAUAUGGUGUCUACUAUGUAGACCACAUCAACAGGAAGACACAAUAUGAGAAUCCGGUUCUGGAAGCAAAAAGGAAGAAACAGCUUGAGCAGCAGCAACCAGCACCAGAAGAGUGGACAGAAGAACACCCAUCUCUCACACCCCCAGCUGCUCCAAACCACGCUGCAAACAACCAGGAGGCCGUUCGGGAAGCUCCAGUACAAGGAAAACCCUUUUUUACACGGAAUCCUUCUGAACUGAAAGGGAAGUUCAUCCACACUAAGCUCAGGAAAAGCAGCAGGGGUUUCGGCUUCACGGUGGUCGGAGGGGAUGAACCGGACGAAUUUCUCCAAAUCAAAAGUUUGGUGCUGGAUGGUCCUGCGGCGCUGGAUGGCAAAAUGGAGACAGGAGACGUUAUAGUCAGCGUGAACGAUACCUGUGUGCUGGGACACACACACGCUCAAGUGGUUAAAAUCUUCCAGUCCAUUCCAAUCGGUGCCAGCGUGGACCUUGAACUGUGCCGCGGUUACCCUCUGCCCUUUGACCCCGACGACCCAAACACCAGCCUGGUGACGUCCGUGGCGAUUUUGGAUAAAGAGCCCAUCAUUGUAAAUGGGCAGGAAAACUAUGAUUCUCCAGCAAGCCACAGUAGUAAAACAGGGAAAGUAAACGGCACAAAGGAGCCACGGCCAAGCAGUCCGACUGAGGUCUCUUCUAACGGAUCCCAUAGUUACCCCAAUGAUACUGUCUCUUUGGCUUCUUCUAUAGCAACCCAACCUGAACUCAUAACCGUGCAUAUUGUGAAAGGGCCCAUGGGCUUUGGUUUUACUAUAGCAGACAGUCCUGGCGGUGGGGGCCAAAGAGUGAAACAAAUUGUGGACAGCCCGCGGUGCCGGGGCCUAAAAGAAGGGGAUCUAAUAGUUGAAGUCAACAAGAAGAAUGUGCAGAGCCUCACUCACAACCAGGUGGUGGAUAUGCUGAUUGAAUGUCCUAAAGGGAGCGAAGUCACACUGCUGGUGCAGCGAGGAGGACUGCCAGUCCCAAAGAAGAGCCCAAAGUCGCAACCACUUGAAAGGAAAGACAGCCAAAACAGUUCUCAGCAUAGCGUCUCUAGCCACCGCAGCGGACACACCGCGUCCCCCAUUCACAGCGCUCAGGUGCUUCCCGACUACCCCGCCACCGAAGCACCGGCUGUGGAUCAACCGGACAACUCUGGGCAGAAAAAGCCAGAUCCAUUCAAAAUUUGGGCCCAGUCCAGGAGCAUGUAUGAAAGCCGACCUAUGUCACCUUCGCCUGCAACUGGACUGAGCAAGGGUGAGAGAGAGAGAGAAAUCAAUUCCACGAGUUUUGGAGAAUUUCCAGAUUAUCAAGAACAGGAUAUCUUUCUAUGGAGAAAGGAAACUGGCUUCGGAUUUAGGAUUUUAGGUGGAAAUGAGCCUGGAGAACCGAUUUACAUUGGUCACAUUGUACCACUGGGUGCUGCCGAUGCCGACGGUCGCCUGCGAUCCGGAGAUGAGCUGAUCUGUGUCGAUGGGACUCCUGUGGUUGGAAAAUCGCACCAGCUCGUCGUCCAACUUAUGCAGCAGGCUGCCAAGCAAGGCCAUGUCAACCUCACUGUACGGCGCAAAGUUGUAUAUGCAGUUCCAAAGGCAGAGAACGAAGUCCCUUCUCCAGCCUCCUCGCAUCACAGCAGCAACCAGCCUGCUUCCCUGACAGAGGAAAAACGUACCCCGCAGGGAAGCCAAAACUCCUUAAACACCGUGAGCUCCGGCAGCGGCAGCACCAGCGGCAUCGGCAGCGGAGGGGGUGGCGGCAGCGGCGUGGUCAGCACGGUGGUGCAGCCGUACGACGUGGAAAUCCGGCGUGGAGAAAACGAAGGCUUUGGCUUUGUCAUCGUGUCUUCUGUGAGCAGGCCGGAGGCAGGGACGACCUUCGCAGGAAAUGCAUGUGUGGCCAUGCCUCACAAAAUAGGUCGGAUAAUUGAGGGGAGCCCUGCAGACCGCUGCGGCAAGCUGAAAGUAGGGGACCGGAUCCUGGCCGUUAAUGGAUGCUCCAUCACCAACAAGUCGCAUUCGGACAUUGUCAACUUGAUUAAAGAAGCAGGAAACACGGUCACUCUGCGCAUCAUUCCAGGCGACGAAUCCUCCAAUGCGACAUUAUUGACCAACGCAGAAAAAAUUGCUACCAUUACAACCACGCAUACUCCGCAGCAAAUACCACAGGAGAACAGGAACAACACAAAACCAAAGCAGGAGUCCCAGUUUGAUUUCAAACCACCCCAAGCAGCACAGCAGGACCAAGAUUUUUAUACCGUUGAGUUGGAAAGAGGAGCCAAAGGGUUUGGCUUUAGCCUGAGAGGCGGUCGAGAGUAUAAUAUGGAUCUCUAUGUAUUGCGGUUAGCUGAGGAUGGUCCAGCGGAGAGAUGUGGGAAGAUGAGGAUUGGCGAUGAAAUUUUAGAGAUCAACGGGGAGACCACCAAGAACAUGAAGCAUGCUCGGGCCAUAGAACUGAUUAAAAAUGGUGGCCGUAGGGUCCGCCUCUUUCUGAAACGCGGAGAUGGCUCAGUACCAGAAUAUGACCCCAGCAGUGACAGGAACAGUCCAGCCACAGGUUCACAAAAUGUAUCGGAAGUGAAAACCGUGCCAUCUGACCGACGCCAACACCCAUCAUUGGAGUCCAGUUAUCCACCAGAUCUUCACAAAUCAUCACAACAUGGGGACAAGCGGACUUAUGUUAAAGACCCAAAAGGCAGCAGAGAGUUUAGCAGACAAUCCAAUGAGCACCACACUUGGAACGGAACUUCUAAAAACAGCGCUAGCGCCGCAGGCAGGAAAAAGGACUGGUCACCGGAAAGGAGGCAAGACCGACAACCAGAAAAAAUGGUGGUAAAUGGACAAAAGAGGAGGUCUCCCGAAAAGAGGAGGGAAGGGACGAGGAGUGCUGACAAUACCUUGGAGAGAAGGGAGCGGCACGAGAGGAGGAGAGACCUUUCUCCCGAGAGGCGCAGAGAACGGUCGCCGACUCGCAGAAGGGACGGGUCACCUAGCCGGCGGAGGCGGUCACUCGAAAGACUCACGGAUCAAAGGAAAUCACCGGAGCGGAGAAGAGAAAGCUCGCCCGAACGAAGGGCUAAGUCGUCCGACAGGAGGAGGGAGAGGUCGCCUGACAAAAGGACCAGGGGUGAACGAGUCGGCAACCGAGAGAGGGAAGAGCACAGUUCGAAAUACGAUACUACCAAAAGACACCCCCCCGAGCAGAGGAGGAGACCGUAUAAAGAGUGCAGCACUGAUCUCAGCAUCUGAGGCAUUGUCCGAUGCACUGAGCCACAUUCCAGCCUUUUACAACACUGAAGUUUCUAAGAAGAGAGCAGCAAAGCUGAAAGUAUCCUCGUUUUCUUACGCAACAAAAAAUCUGACACCUGCUGGUCCUACGAAUAGCAACAAACGUUUUAUGCAGAUGAAACCUUAUAACAGAAAUAUAUACAAAAGUGUUGUGCCUGAUGUAUAAUAUUAAAGAAAGUAUUUUUCAGUGUAUACAUUUUUUUGAAGUUACUUGCCAAAUGUUGGUCCUAAAGGAUUAUAAAAUUUUGUUUCUACAUUCUCUGUAGAUUUCUUGAGGGAGGAAAAAAAAAAAAAAUUCCUUUAUCGAGCAAUUCCCCACCCCCACGAUUACGUGGGGGGCAGCCAAUGUUAUAAUAUAGGUAAGAGAUUUUAUGACCAAGCUUGAGUAAUUUGAUCCAGACUGUUCAAUAGUGAUUCACUGCUAUGUUGUACGUAGACAUUUUUUUGAAAGGGGCGGGAAUGGGGGAAAGAAAAAUAUACGUGUCGGUAGGAAUGGCGUACUUACUCCUGCUGAAGGAAUUAAGGAGGAAAAAAAAAAAGAAAAUGUUCCUAAGAGAACAAGAACUGUUUGAAGAGACUACUGUUUCAAUGAAGGAUAUUUAUAAAAAGAAAAAAAAAACCCACACACAGCACAAGAUGAUUCAUGAUAAGGAAUUUCUAGUUUGUUCCAUGAACAGUUUAUACUUUCAGGCCCCCUCUAAAGGAUGCAUGAAGGCAAAAGACUGGUAGCCGCCAUCUUUGUGUAAGACACAAAAGUAGACUGUCAAUCUCUCGUUAGUCUCAAAAACACUUAAUUUUUCGUUCAGACAGUACCGCCACAGCCCUACUCGACUACUAGAAGUCUACGGACGGAAAUCUAAGCAUGCAUGGGAUUUGUUUGGUUUGCUUUGAAGUAGGGUAGCGGAAAUGGGGUACUGGGACAAAGGCACGGUGAAUUUGAGAGAGAGAAGUCCUCCCUUCACUGAGUAGGUGUAUUCCUUCUGCUCAGCCAAAACCAAUGGGCUUUUCUUUUUUUUGCCAAAUUGGAAACCUUUCUCUCUAGAUGUAGAUUCAAGUUUUAUUUUACUGGUUCAUCCUUUUUGAGACAAAAGGAGUGCACUUGCUACAAGUGAGGCACGUCAAGGACAAAUUUCAGAGCAGAAAGAGGCAAUCCAUGGAAACGUCUGGUUGUGAAUCCUGGAUGGUAGGUCCUGGUUAUGCUGUAAAACUUUGAAUCUAUGAAACAGCAGCCAAAAAAAACAAGGGUAAAUGGGAACAAGAAAACAAAGCGAGUCGCUAAGUUGUGUUUUUUCAAUUUGCAAGUUGUGUGGUAAGUCUGCUGUAGUAUUGGUAUAAGAUUUUAAUGGAUUACUGCCUAGCUGAGCCAAAAUGUUUGCCGUUACUGUUGGACCACUAAAGUAAACUGCUGCUUUUUACAGUGCAUUGGUGUGUACAUGUAUACUGUUUCACAUUUUCCAUACCAACACGAAACCAUUGCAAGUCUAUCACUGUUGUUGCCAUGGUACUGUAAAAAAAAAAAAAAAACAAGCGAAAAAGAAGAUGGCCAAUCAUUGUGUGUACAGAGUUUAAAUUGUAAUUAAUAGAGCCUGUUGAAAAAAAAAACAAAAAAACUGUUGCCUUUUUCUUGUAUAAAAGAGAAUUUAUGACAAAAUUUAGCUGUGAGGAAUGUGAUACGUGUUUAUAUUUCUGAAAAUGGAACAAAUUGAUUCAUGGGGAUAUAUUUUAAUGUAAACUGAAUCAGGUAUGUAAAGCUGUUUUAAAAUGGGAAACUAUAUAAGUAAUUCUAAAGCUUUUGUUGGUUUGAAUAUGAUUUCUUUCUUCAUGGUGGGGCCUGCUUGUGUAUUACUAAGCACUUGUAUGCAGUCUAUGUUCUUCGAUCAUCAUUUCUUGCAAUGUGCUAUAGACAUAAUGCUCUUUUCUGUGUUGAUGAAAAGCAGUAUGUGGGCCAAUCUUUUUUUAUAAAACACUAUGCAUAUAUAAAUACGACAUUGUUCAUAGCUUUAUUUGACUUAUUGGGUUUAUACAUAACAUUAGUAUAAGUACCUGUGGACUUACCCAGUAUGAACAUCUUUCCUUGGAACAGACACAAUGUAUAUGAUGUAGCAACAAAGAAGGAGAAAGUCUGUGAAUGCUAUUUUUAUUAUCAAAUAAAGUUUUCCAUACAAAGCACACAUGAGUGUAGUGGUAAGAUUAAGGAAGAGACCCAUCCCCUGUAGCAACUUGCCCAAACUCCUUAAAUUAGUAAACUGUAGCUUUCUGUUUCCAGCAGUCAUGCACUAAAGAAUAUAGGACUCAUUUCACAAAAUUGUAUUAUUGAGUUUUAUAAAAGGCGAAGUCUGUUCUCCCUGCCCCGUUCCUCUCCCAACUAAGAGCUAAGUUUUUAGAUGAGUAUGAGUUUGGCAUCUUCCUUGAGCCCGACACCAUCAGCGUCACAGCACAGUGGCGUAUGUGAUAAUGUAAAAUCCCAAAGGACGUGUAUGUGUCCUGAUGUAUUUAUAGGAUCCUAUGACAUUAGUCACUGAGGCCAUCGUUUCCCCAGCUCUUACUGGAAAUAUUGUAAAAAGGCUAUGAGGUAAGGAAUGCAAAACUGGAUUUAUAUUACAUACUGCAUAAGUCAUUUGAACCCUUGUCAUGAACUUCGCCAUACUUCUGCCAACCUUUUGGGAGCGUGUUGAUGCCUUGAUGAAAGCAAGUUGCUGAUAAAUGUUUUGUUUUUUCAAUGGCACCACCUUCAGAUGCAAAUUUGCUGUUUAAAAGAAUGUGAGGGUACAAAGCAAUGACCCAAAGCCAUGUGUGGUUGGUUUUUUUAAGUUCGAAUCUUUUGUGACUUUUUAUGCCUUUUUACCGUGUAAUUAUAUUGUAAAUGUAUGCAUUCCAUAAUUAUCGCUUCUAAAUUUGUAUCUUCGAUUGUUUCUACUGUAUGUCUACUACAUUUUUAUGUAACAAGAUAGCUGGAGUAACAAACAGAGCUGGUCAAUAAGACUUGAUUGGUUCAAGCAAAAUAAAACACUGCAUAGAAUAGAA